GUGCCCAGGGAGCCCGCCUCCAGACCACGUGGGCUCUCGGCAGCGCUUCGCGCAGCUAGGGAGACGCUUUGUCCCGGCGGCGGGCUUGCUGGCCUGCGGUCUGGAGCUCGGAGCGGCGCUGGCCGGACCCCUCUUCGCGCCCGGCUCGGCUCGGCUCCCUGCCGGGCUCCAGGCCCAUGGCUUCUCGGGGCAGAAAGCGGAAGGCCGAGGGGGCGGUGGUCGCGGCGGCGGCGAAACAGGAGAAGCCGGCGGGCGGCCGGAAGGCAGUGGAGGCCGCGACCGUCGUGAUCGAGCAUUGCACGAGCUGACGCGUCUACGGGCGCAACGCCGCGGCCCUGAGCCAGGCGCUGCGCCUGGAGACCCCGGAGCUUCCGGUGGAGGUGAAUCCUGCCAAGCCCCGGAGGGGCAGCUUCGAGGUGACGCUGCUGCGCCCAGACGGCCCCAGUGUGGAGCUCUGGACUGGGAUUAAGAAGGGGCCCCCACGCAAACUCAAGUUCCCUGAGCCUCAAGAGGUGGUGAAGGAGCUGAAGAAGCACCUUUCGUAGGGUGUGUUGGGCAGAAGUCCUCGCGCUGAGCCUCCUGUCCCUGGUGGUGGUGGAGCAUUUAUGAUGGAACAUGGCCAAAACUUCAGUCAUGUACCUGAAGCCAUGGUUUCUUCCCCUCCAGAAAGGAUGGUUCAGUUGUGAGGCAACCCUCUAGUAAGGCAUUGAAAAGUUCUUGGAUUUGGUUUAAUAAAAGUUGAAAUAAAGUAUCUGAAUAAUAAAGUAAAACUUAAUCUUAUGGUAAGAAAUGGACAAAACCAGCCUUUUGUGGGAUUGGCUCCCCUUGUAUUUUUCAUAUUCUGAGGUCACAAAUUAACCUGGAGCUCCUAGGUUCUCUGGUAGAUCAUGUGAAAUACUUGCAAAAACUGUGGGGGGAAAAAAAGUAAAUUAUUUUUUUUAAAAAAG